AUGCAAGAAAUGGAUAACAAGACCGGUCCCCCAUGGGGUCACAUGGCUCUUGAGCAGUACUUCAUCACAGAAUGGAAAUGGAUUUCAAAGGAAACCCCGGAUCAACAGCGAGCAAGGCUAGUCAAGCAAUUCAUCGACUUGCAACAUAUUCCGAGGGCAUGGGCAGAGGUACACUUGGGCGAUACAAGUACGCUUCGUGUGCCUACAAUGGAGGAAAUCGACAUCAUUCUCCGGCCCUAUCGUCCUGACAUUCUUCGAUGGCACGGAUAUAACAUGUAUCAUAACAUGUAUCUAGACCACCAGGCGCCAGUUCUACUACGCACGUACUACAGCACCGAUCAAUUCUGGCGUCCUAAGCAUGACAAAGUGAUGAAAGAAUGGGCCGAUUCGGACGGGUAUAAGGACCAGUCCUGGUGGGGUGUCCUUGACAAUCAAGAAUAUUUCGACUUUGGGUCGAACUGGCGGAGAAUCUACGAUAUUCUGCCCGAGGUCAGUAACCCAAUUCCAUGGAGAAGUGAAAUUGCCGGUUUGGCAACCCGAGGUUGUUCGCCAGAAUUUGUUGAUGGCCCUCUACGCUCAAUGUUCAAAAACGAUAUCGCCUUUACGAAAGACGACGACCCUACAGCGUGGCACGAGAAAAGAGACACGUUAAUUGAGUCCGCUGGGGCUCUAUUGCAAAACGAAGUUGUGGACACAUAUCUGUUCAUCGCAGACUUGGAAGCCUUUGAAUCGAACCGCCUGCGGCUACUCUAUCUGGAUCCUUUUCGGAACAUUGUUCGGGAGGGCCGUCUGGAUGCCGAAGGGGAGGGCAUAGGGUAUGUCAUGGACUCAUGGGCAGGGUCCCUACCAUUGUACAGGCAUUCCGUGGCUGGAGAUAAAUAUCGAGUGAAUGGAGAAUUGGGUAAGGUUCUCUAUCAAUUGACAGAGGAGGACCUUGCAGACCCCAAGUGA